CGUAUCUACAAGGGUGCUUCAAUAUGGCGCAAUAUAAUCACUACCCUGCUCAACAUUAAGAGCUGUUCCCCUGAGGAUUAUCCAGAUCUCGCUGCCCUGCGUUGUGAACUGGAAGGCUUUCUGCAGGAACACGCCACGGAAUACAAUCUGGCCGCCGAAAAGGCCAAUGGUAUACUCGCUGGUCUAAUGUCCUAG